UACAUUAAUUUCAUUCAUUAUAUUCCAUUGAUCAGUGUCUGUUUAGACACAAAGAUAUAUUCGAAUUGUGUUUUUUAAGCACUUUCUAUUACACACAAUUUCUUGUUAAUUUCAGAUUACACAUGCCCAGGCAGACGACGAAGACGAUUUCGACGCCAAUGUACUGAAUUGUAUCGAGGCACUGCAAUCGGCAGGGGGGCUCGACGAAGAGGUCGAGCGUCUCUUUGCACCAACUAGGAGGAUGAGGACGCCCAGGAAUGCCAGGCGCGGUCCUCAUCCUGCUCCGACUUUUAGGAUGCAAUUCGUUGCCCUGUCAAAUAGGAGAGUGACAUUUCCUGACAGGGCAACGAUUGCAUCCUUAAAUGCGCGUGGCUUGGGGGAGAGGAGGAUAGACAGGGCAAGGCGGGACAUGUCACCUGAAGAGUUCCGCAACUUAAUUUCAACAACGUACCCAACUAUGACACAGGAAUAUACGCUGGCCGUAUGCAGGCAUAGGCGUCUUGAGAAUCUUCCUCUAAAUGUUGCUGAUCCAAGCAGCAUUUAUGGACAUCUUGGAAGAAGGUUCUCAGGACGCCUAAUUAUAAUUCCUGAUACUGAAAUAGGACCCGCUCAGGCCAAUGAUGAUGGUGUGCUGCAUUUACCACAAGUUGACGCACGUGGACCCGCUCAGGCCAAUGAUGAUGGUGUGCUGCAUUUACCACAAGUUGACGCACGUGGACCCGCUCAGGCCAAUGAUGAUGGUGUGCUGCAUUUACCACAAGUUGACGCACGUGGACCCGCUCAGGCCAAUGAUGAUGGUGUGCUGCAUUUACCACAAGUUGACGCACGUGGACCCGCUCAGGCCAAUGAUGAUGGUGUGCUGCAUUUACCACAAGUUGACGCACGUGGACCCGCUCAGGCCAAUGAUGAUGGUGUGCUGCAUUUACCACAAGUUGACGCACGUGGACCCGCUCAGGCCAAUGAUGAUGGUGUGCUGCAUUUACCACAAGUUGACGCACGUGGACCCGCUCAGGCCAAUGAUGAUGGUGUGCUGCAUUUACCACAAGUUGACGCACGUGAUCCAAUCAUGUUGAACCAGGAUGAUGACAGUGAUGUAGAGGUUUCUGUUGCUGGGAGUAAUAUCCACCCUGAAGGUCACCAUCCCCAUAUAAGCCUGCCAUCACUUGAAACACCCGGCCAAAGAGUCACUGAUUUGGAAACAAGACUUCUUCGUAUUCGUUCUAUUUUAUCGCUUCAAUUUCAGGAUGUUAUGAUUUCACGUGCUAAUAUUUUGAUGAACGCGCUGGAGUGGUACAGCCAGCGCGAUCUCCACCUUCACAUGCUACAUAUUUCUUUUAAUGGGGAGGCGGGGGAGGACUUUCAAGGCCUCAGCCGAGAAUUUUUCACCUCAUUCUGGGAGGCAUGCCUGGAUGCAUAUUUCUUCGGUAGAAGAAUCCUGUACCCACGUGUGGGUCCAUAUGAUAUGAACCCACCAUUUCAAACGUGGCGUCUUAUUGGUAUGAUUUUCAGCCAUGGUUUUAUUGUUGUUAAUUACAUUCCUUUGGCAAUUAAUGAGGCAUCGUUAUAUUUUCUUUUAACCGGAAGGCAGCCUGCCCCAAGAGUAUUAAUAAAUAGUUUUUUGUCUACUUUGGCCGAGAGGGAUGAGCUCACUUUAACGACAGCCAUCAGCACUAACCCGUCACUUACUGAAUUCCCCGAAACAUUAAUGACCAGGCUAUCAGCUAUUACAUGCCACUUCGGAGCUACUUCCAUUCCACGACCCAAUAAUAUCAGAUCAAUUAUAACAUCCAUAGCUAGAGAUUCCCUCAUCGAAGGCAACUUUUUUGCCCUACAUUAUAUGAGAGAAGGUAUGACCUCGGCACAUCCUACAUUAUGGUCCCCUCCUCCAUCAGAUGAAAAUGUAUUUUCCCUUCUAAAUUCGUAUACCCCUACAGCAGAACUUAUAAUUUCCAGACUUCAGGUAGAUUUAAGCGAAGACCCGAUCCAACAUGCACUGGAAACUCAAGUUGUAGAUUGGUUCCAUCAAUUUCUUUUUACACUAACAGCACUUCAAUUAGCCAUUCUGUUACGUUUCAUCACUUCCAGUAAUAUUUUAAAUGGAUUCAUAAAAGUUACUUUUAAUGGUACACAGAAUGAAAUCAACAUGUUGCAUGUGGCAACAUGUGGGCGCCAAAUUACCUUUUCUCGUUAUAUCAUGAGUUUUGAAUCAUUGGAAACAUUUUUAUUAAAUGUACUCAGCAAUCCUCACUUGUGGAAUACAUUUGACACAGUUUGAAUACACGAUUUGGUGUGUACGAUUAAAGCCCCUCUCAAUUGUUGAGAUCCCAAAAACGUUCAUGCCAAAAUAUUACAUGAAUUGUAUAAUGACGAGAAAAACUGACGUCAUUACACACAUCUAAAUAAUAAUAAUUAUGUUUGAAGACAAAUAUUCAUGAAAGAUUACACAAUAUGGGUAUUCUGUGUACAUCACCGAAAAAAAUGUUGUAUUCUUUCAUCAUUAUUAUGCGUCUUCAAAAACAUUUGUUUUGUGUUAAAUAACGUCCUCUAUUCACGUCAUGGUUUAUGUAAUAUUUGGCCAUUCAAUUUGUAAAACGCAAAUGUCUUGUUUUCAGGAAAUCAAACUCGACUAAAUUGAAAUAUGAUACAAAGACGUGAAAGUACAUAAGAUUAAUGAUACAGAAGACUUUCAUCGGUUGGGGAUAAUCAUAUAUUGUCAUGUUCAAAGACUCUACCAACCUUAAAUAGUUCACAUUCUGUCCUUCGCUCUUUGUUUCAUCCAUGCUGGGUAUCCCUGUGACAGGGCGCCUUGUCAAUAUAUUGGAAUUCACUCUAUAGUGCAUUAUUGUCCGAGGUUACUCUAUAAGCUCUGAGAUACAAUGAUUAUCUCCUACCUUUUUGUGCUGAGGGGGUGAUCUGAUUCAAAGUUCAAAUACGAAUCGGUGUGGGUUGGUUUCCUCUGUGCACAGUGAUGGAUACUGAAAGGUCAUCAUUCACAAAGACCUUUGUGUCCAAGAAGUUCAGUGACCUUUGAACCUCUUCCUCAACAGAGAAAUGUUUAUGUUGGUCGAUGCAACUGAUGUAGUUAUAUUAGUGAAUUCGUCAAUAUGGUCAUAAUCAAUGAUAACAAAGGUGUCGUCAACGUAUCUCCACCAUAUCCUAGGAUGGUGGGGGGCAUGAGAGAAAAUCUCUAUUUCCAGAUGUUAUACAUGAGACAAGUUUAUCACCUCUUGAACUGAACAUUUGGGGGGGGGGGUGAGGCGGAGGUCAAUAAGACCAGGAAUUUCGAUAUGUUAGUUUAUAACAAAACAAACUUAUGCUGAUGAGCUUAUAUUUGAUGUAUUUAUCUUAACUACACGUUAUCUAACUAUAGAAAGCUACCGAAUACAGCAAGUAGAAAUCAGGUAUAUAGACAACAUAUUUUAUGUAUUUCACCUAGAUUUCAGAGUCUUUAACAAAAAUCUGUGCUUUCUAUGAUAACAGUGACCCAAAUAUCACUAUUAUUAUUAUUAUUAUAGUUAUUACUAUUAGUAUGAAUCUUAUUAUUAAUAUCAUUAUUAUUAUCAUCAUUAUUAUCAU